GCCACUAUACCGGCCCCAUCCAACGUUUUACAGUCGCACUUAAGUGUCUUUUUAUUGAAAUCAUAAAAUAAACAUGUCGCUGACGAAUUAUUAUUCCAUGAUGGGGCUGCAGGCCGAGGAGCCGUACGGGGCACAUUUCCUCCCGGGAGGCUUGCAGGGCUCGGCGGCCGGCUGCGCCAAGUCGGCCCGCAGAGCGGAGGAGGCGGAGGAGCAGGACGGGACCCCCGGCGCGCGCAUUCCGGAUUUCUCCCAUUUUCCCAACAAACAGUCGGGCCUGAGCGGCUUCUCUCCCUGGGCGAACACCCCCGCGUCCUCCCCGCCGUCCUCCCCGAGGCUGCAGUCUGCCCCCGGCGGCCUUUUCCCCCCGCACCACUUCCUGAGCCACCACCACCAACACCACCACCACCACCACCAGCACCACCCGUACUACGGCCCGCAGGCAGAGCACCUCGCCUCCGACGGCAGGUUCGUCCGCUGCUGGGAGGGGGCGGCUCCCCCCUCGGACGCUUCCCUGUCACACGCCUCGGUGGGCUUUACCGGGCGCGUCCCCGCCACCGGUGACCUCUCCGAUCCGAGCCCGAGGUACGAAGCGGUAAAACCGGAGGGGUCGCCGCCACCGCCGCCGCCGCCACCCCGGGACAGCCCCGGGGGUUCCAGCUUCGACAGCCCGACCGAGGCGGUCCUAGAGCGGCUCGGCGCCGCGGAGGAGCCGGAGAGGAAGCCGGAGCCCCAAAAGGGGGAAGAGGAGCGCAAAAACAAGAUCGACCCGGACAACCCAGCGGCCAAUUGGAUCUACGCCAAGUCCACCCGGAAGAAAAGGUGUCCGUACACCAAACACCAGACCCUGGAGCUGGAGAAGGAGUUCCUCUACAACAUGUACCUGACCAGGGACCGGCGCCUGGAGGUGGCGGGACUCUUAAAUUUGACAGAGAGGCAGGUCAAGAUCUGGUUCCAGAACAGACGGAUGAAGAUGAAGAAGCUGAUGAUCCGAGAGAGGAGGAGUGUGAACGAAUGAUGGAUUCCCUUUUUUUUUGUCCUCUCUCUCUCUCUCUCUCUCUGCAGGAUAUAGCUGAGAUUAUAGCCGAUUAAAGAAAACGCAGUGCACCACUAUGCACACGGCAUCUUUUUACACCAGCUGGCGCGGUCAGCUGUUACUAGGCAACGGAAUGUGAAGCUAAUGGCUGCCCUUGGGGUAAAACCGCGGCGGGAGAAUUCCGCGAAGGAGGGCAGACCCGGAUGUGUUGUUACACACGUGUGAUUGACAGAAAGAGCCACCAAUCGAAUAUAAACAAAUCGAGUUUGCUCUUUUUACACACACGUGUGUUUCUGUUGAGGCGGUACGUCUCGCAACAAAGAAACAAAAAGGAGCCGUGCCCACUGCCAAAAUAACCUUUUAUGAUUUAAUGCAGAAACUUCUGCCCCCGGUGUGCCAGACGGGACUGAACAUCUGGCCUUCACAUGGAAUUCCAGCCUGAUCUCCAAAAACCUGUUCGUAAAAAUGUAUGCGAAAAUCCUGAAGAUACAAAUUAUAACGUUGGCAAUUCACAUGAAUCAUCAUCCUGGAUAUGGAUUCAUCGCUUAGAAGAGACCAAACGCAGAGAUUCUGUGGCAAAAGGUGUAAACAAUAUGAGCAAUUGAAGCAUUUGAUUGAAACACAUUCACGUCUUAGUGGAUAAAUGAAGCAUUUCAAACAAAUCACAACAUGUUGAGAUUUUAUGAGCCUCACUGUCAUAUUGGCUACACAUCUAAUACUGCAUUUAAAUUACUUCUUGUCAGCGGGGGAAUGUCACCCAGUACAUUUAUUUAAGUACUGUGUACUAGUAAAAUUGGUAGGUAUCGUCCUUGACUUGCAUAUUUUCAUUUUCUGCUACAUUUCAGAGGGUAACGUUUUUCUUCCUGCAUUUUUACAUUUUAGUUACUUUGAUUGGGUUUAUUGAAACAAAUAUGAGUGAAUGUAAUUAUAUAGUAUCACAAGUUAAUCUACCGGGCUGUAAAUAAAGUGAUUAAAACGAGCUCUUAGCUGCAACAAGUAAGAUUUUGAAGACUUUUACUUUAAUCUCAGUAUUUUUACUGCUACUGUCACUUGAGUAAAACAUCUGAAUUCUUCUUCUACCAGUUUUCUGUCCCCAUAGUGACCACGAACCUCAAAAAAACAGCACACAAAAUGUCCAAGUAAUGUCCUAAUGAGUCCAGGCAACAACACCUCUGAUCCAUUACGACGCCCACAAUGGUCGAAUGGGUCAAAGACCCGUGUUUGUCCGACCGUCCAUCCAGCCACAAGAGGUAUUUCUGAUUAAAAAGCACUCCAUUCAAUUUAUAAUAACAUUAAUAUUCUAAUAUACUCUCCGUUGGAAUGUUUUUUUUUGGGCUGGGCGACACAAAAACACACUGAGAAAUCCCGUCCUUAAUGAAAAAAAAUAUAUAUAUCUUUUGUCAAAUAUAGAAAUAUGAGUAGUUGGGGGACAUUACUUUUUUUGCUAAAAUAUGGGUUUCAUCCAAAAACUUCUGCAUCUUGUAGUUGUAAGACUAGAAAAAUUAUUUCAUCACAUACAAUUAACAAAAAACAACCCGACUUACAUCCCCCCCAAAAGAGGCCUGUACACGGAUAACCACGGACUGCAUUCGGCCUCCGGAUUGGAGGAACCCGUUAGUGUAACGACGACCCCCGUCUCCCCUAAAGCAGGGUCCUCCACGCGGGACGAUUCCCUCUGCGCACCGAUCAGCCUCCUGGUUCCUUUUUCUUUUUAUAAAGUGUGCAUGCGUUGCCUCAUGAGGCCUAUCUGUUGUUGUGUUGUUGAUGUGUAUCUCUGUUGUUAAUGUCUAUGUUCCGCUACACACACACACACACACACACACACACACACACACACACACACACACACACACACAUUUCAUGUGAGACGUUUUACGGAAACAACACACACACUUAAUUUCUGAAAGUCCGACAUCCUGCAGUUGCGUAAUUGUCGGAUAUCAAUACUUGAAAUGUUUUUUUUUUCCACGGAGAUGAGACGGACUCGAUGAUCACAACAACAACAACAACAACAACAACAACAACACUCGGACACACACAACAGGCUACGUUAGCCUAGUCUGCUCGUGGGGAUUUGCUUCAUUGGAAUAAAAAUCGGAUGACGUCAUCGUUGUUAAUCUCUCUGUUGUUAGAGUUGUGUUGGUGUGACUCAUCCACAUCAGUUUUAGGGUUUUAUUACGUUUUGCAUUAACAAUGUUGUAGUGAAGCGUAUGUUUUGUUAAAUUAGCUCGUUUAUUAGCUGUAAUAAAAUGACAGUUGUAUUGUUA